GGAAAAGAUAUUCCAUGCAAAUAGUAAUCAAAAGAGAGCUAGGUUUGCUAUUUUACUGUAAGACAAAAUUGAUUAUAAGUCAAAAAAGGUUAUAAGAGACAAAAAAGAAUAUUAUUUACUUAUAAGUUUUGAUUCACCAAGAAUAUGUAACAAUUUUAAAUAUGUACACAUCUAAUAGCAUAGCCCCAAAAUAUAUGAAGUAAAAACGGACAGAACUGAAGGGGAAUAUCCAACUACAAUGACAGUUAUUUUAAUAUCCCAUUUUCAAUAAUGGAUGGAACAACCAGACAGAAGAUCAAUAAGGAAAGAGAGGACUAUAAACCAAUUAGACUUAAGGGACGUAUACAAAACAUUUCACCCAACAAUGGCAGAAUAUACAUUUGUCUCAAGUACAAACAGAACAUUCUCCAGAAUAGACCAUAUGUUAGUUCACAGGUCAAAUCUUAAUAAAUUUUAAAAGGUUGACAUCAUACAGAAUAUCUUUUCUGAUCACAAUGGAAUGAAACUGAAAAUCACUAACAGAAGAAAAAGUGGAAAACUCACAUAUAUGUGGAAAUUGAACAACAUAUGCUUAAGCAACCAAUGGGUUGAAAAAGAGAUCACAAUGGGAAAUUAGAAAAUACUAUGAGGCAAGUGGAAAUGAAAAUCCAAUAUACCAAAAAUUAUGGGAUACAGCACAGCAAUGCUGGGGGGGAUUAAUAGUUAUAAAUGCAUACAUUAACAAAGAAGAAAGAUCUUAGAUCAAUCACCUAACUAUACACCUUAAACAAUUAGAAAAAGAAGAGCAAACUAAACCCAAAGGUAAAAGAAGGAAGGAAAUAAUAAAUAUUACAGAGGAAAUAAAUGAAAUGAGAAUAGAAAAAUAGAAAAAAAUUAACAAACCCAAAUUUGGUCCUUUAAAAAGAUCAACAAGAUUUGUGGGCACAGAAUUGUUCAUAACAUUCCUCUGUUAUCCUUUUAAUGUCUGUGGGGUCAGUAGUAAUGGCCUCUUUUUCAUUUCUGUUAGUCAUUUGUGUCCUCUCUCUUUUUCUUGGAAAAGAACCGGUAGCUAGGCUAGAGGUUUAUUGAUUUUACUGAUCAUUUCAAAGAACCAACUUUUGGUUUCUUUGAUUUUCUCAAUUAAUCUCCUGUCUUCAAUUUCACUGAAAAAACAGAGAAAUCUCUGCUCCAACUUUUAAAAAUUUCUUUUCUUCCAUUUCCUUUGGAUUUAAUUUGCUCUUCUCUUCUAGUUUAUUAAGAUGGGACUUAGAUGAUAAUUUUUGAUUUUUUUUCCCUAAUAGAUGCCUUCAAUGCUAUAAAUGUCCCUUCAAGCACUGCUUUUGUUGCAUCCCAGAUUUUGGACUCCCCGGACAUUUCACCCACGUGCCCUCCGACUCACCCCCAGGGGCCCUGACGCCUCCAGUUCAGAGCUUGAGAGGGACCCGUGGCAAGAGGGCAGUUGCUCACAGCAGCUCGGCCUCUGGGGGCUGGGGCUUCGCUCAGAUUCCCUUGCAGUGAUCGCAUGGUCAAGUGCCUUGCAUGGACUCAGGAGCGGGAGCCUGUGACUCAAAGAGCUGGAAGAGGGGGUCCGGGAGAAGAGACAGAAGAGGACAGAAGGCCAUUCUGGGCCUGGGAGGCAGAGAGGCCAGGCCAGAGGCCCCUCGGAAGUCAUGCCCUGCUGGCUAAUUCCACAGGGCCGGCAGGAGCCGUGUCGCCGUCGGCGGUGUGGCCGUCCCCUCCCAUCCCCGGAGGUCGCGGAGGCGCGGAGCCGCUGUCGGGUGGAGCGGCGGCCGCCUCCCACAGCAGCUCGGGGCCCCACGGAGCUGUCACCUCCGUCCUCUCGGUCACCGCCGUCACCUCCGUCCUCCACCUGCAGCGCGGCCGCCGGCAGCUCCUCCUCUCGGCAUCACCGGCUCCGGGGCCGCCACGGAGCGCGGGUGUCGUCCCUCGGCCUUUGCGCUCGGGCUCAUUCCGGUUCCUGGCGGCGACCGUCGGACAAAGAUUCUGCCUGUGGAUUCGAACCGGAACCGCCCGAAGACGCUCCCGUGGGCGGUGCGGGCCGCAGGGAGAGGCUGGGGUCUGGCCGAGGGCGGAACCUCCGGGUCUGGCACCUGCCGGGCGGCCCGCUGGGGGCGCCCCCUGUGGCCACGCGGAGCUCCACCUCCCGGGGACGGGGUGGGUAGAGGGGAGGCCGCAGGCGCCUGCUGGGUGCGCUGUGCCGGGCGGUGGCUCCUCACAAGCACUCUGCAAGGGCGCAGCCCAGAGGCCUGACUCGGCCUUGGGUUCCCGGUUCAGGGGCCUGGGGGACGGUGGCAGAAGCAGGGGCCGGGGGCCGGGGCCCCGGCUGGCUUAGGCUGUCUUUGCCGUUGUGCCUGGAGGCCCGGCCGAGGCUGGUUCUCUCCCAAAGUGAGGCAUUCCUGCUCUGAUUUGUUCUGGGGAGAGGCUGUGAUGGCGGCGGGGACAGGGCGGUCUUCCCCUCAGGCUGGUAGAGGGCUGGCAGGCACGCAGGCUGCGCUGUCGCCUGGUAGUCCUCGGGAGCUGCGUGGCUCCUCGCAGUGGUCCUGGAGCAGCAGUGAGUGUGGGAAGGGCUUGCGCUUGGCAGAGAAGG